AUGGCCACAGUGUAUCAUUUCGUGAGCAGUAUCCAAGGCUUGACCUUGUCCGCACGAUCCUACUGCUAUAGUCUGUGCACUCGGGUUCUUCCACUGAGUAUUGAGGAUAAUGAUGACAUAGUCGCUGUUACCUAUACAGCAACAGCAGGUACUUUGAUGGCGUCACCCACAAGGCGCCGUAGCGGCGAGUACAAUUUCCGUCCAUGCGUAUCAUCAUUGGCUACGGUGACGAGAGAGAUUUGCUCUAUUAAGAAGAGAGAAUCUCCAGUUAGAGAUUCUAUCUUUUUACCUAACAACACCCUCACACGCAAAAGCCCUCCAACUCAAAACAAUACUGUUAAGCCAGCCCUCGAAUAUACCAGUCAACCUGCUAAGCUCAUCUACUUUACAUACCCCAGUGCCGAUGCGGAAGCGCUGCUGCGAGCAAUUGAAGGGAUCCUGAACAAGCAGGCUGUAUCAUAA